AUGGCCAUGACACCCGCCAGACCAAGCAUGCGCUCCAUCUCCCUUCUCCUCCGCCCUCUAUCCCGCCGCUCCCACUCAACCACCACCUCCGCCAGCUCCUCCGUCUCCGCCUCCGAAGUCUCCCACUUCUCCUCACUCGCUAGCUCCUGGUGGGAUCCGAUGGGCCCAUCACGAGUCCUCCACCUUAUGAACCCUCUCCGCCACGAAUUCAUCGCCUCCUGCCUCGCCGAAGGCUCUCCAGAAUCCCCCGCGAAACAACCCGGAAGCCCGCCGAACACACUACACUACCUUGACGUCGGCUGCGGCGGCGGCAUCUUCGCCGAAUCUCUCGCGCGGACUAUCCCACUCCCAGGGUCAACAGAGUCCAAAUCAGAAACAGUCACCCGCGCCGCGUCAAUAACAGCCAUCGAUCCCACAACGACACUCAUCCAGAUUGCGCGCGACCACGCCCGCAAGGACCCCAAGGUCUCAGCGCAUUUGAACGACGGGAGGUUCAAAUAUGUGAACUGUACGCUGGAGGACGUCAUCGCUUCAUCACCGAACACGAAUCAACCCUCAGACCCGGCGGCCGCAAUCGGAGCCGGGGCUGGCGUCAGAAGGAAAGACGGCUUCGACAUGAUUACUCUCUUCGAGGUCAUUGAACACAUUGAUACAAACGCACAUAUCUCCCCUCUCACCUUUCUUACAGACUGUCUUCGUCUCCUCAAACCCGGUGGGUGGCUGGUCGGCUCAACAAUUGCGCGGACGUUUCCUUCCUGGCUUGUAAACCAGGUUAUCGCCGAGGCGCCGUGGCCGAUCGGUGUCGUGCCGAAGGGGACGCACGAGUGGAAGAAGUUUGUCAACCCGGAUGAGUUGGAAAGCUGGGCGAGCGAGGGGUUGAUGCGGAGUGUGGACUUGGAGAGGAACUCGGUAAUGAGGAGUGGGAGUGAAGCACUCGAUGGGAUGAGAUGGAAGUGCGCGGGUGUGGUGUACUUCCCCGGGCUUGGGUGGAAGUUUGUACCUGGGUCAGAGAGUUGGGGUAAUUACUUUUGGGCCAUCAGGAGGGGUGUGUAG